UAAAUUUAAGUAAAUCAAAUCAAACCGGACCCAAUUUUAGUCACCCAGCAAUCAAAUAUCACACGAAACGACAACGUUUCGAGAAGCCGUCCCUUUUGUGUUCUUCACCUUAUUAAAGGAAGCGCGAAGCAGAAAACCCUAAAACCCCAAAUCGAGAAGAGAGGCAGACCCAACACAAGUCUACAGAUUCACACAGUUCUUAGCUCGAGAAGAUGAUUAUCCCUGUACGGUGCUUUACAUGCGGAAAGGUGAUUGGAAACAAGUGGGAUGCGUAUCUUGAUCUUCUCCAGCUUGACUACACUGAAGGGGACGCACUUGAUGCACUCAACUUAGUUAGAUACUGCUGCAGGCGUAUGCUAAUGACGCAUGUUGAUCUGAUUGAGAAGCUUCUCAACUACAACACUUUGGAAAAAUCAGACAACAGUUAAGAGGAGGAUGCAAAUCUGCUGAAAGAGGAUUCAAAACUUAAUAUGUAUGAAAACUCUCUGUGUUUUGGUGUAGAAACUUGAAUCAAUCUGAAUAUUAUGGGGUUUUGGAAGACGCUAGUGAUUUUGUCAUAUGUAUGUCGGUGACUCUCUGUGUGAUUCAGUGUUUUCCUUUGGAGCAAUUAAUCUUUCAGUACUCUCA